AUGGCUCCCGCGUUCACUAUCCUCCUCCCCGCCGCCACCUCCGCCGCCGCGACUGCCUCGCGGCUUCCCUCGGCGGCCGCCGCCGGAGCGGCAUCCACCUUCGUGCGUCUCCCGCAUCACCCGACGGGCUGGGCUGGGGCCUCCGUCGCGGCGCCGCUUACGGCAGCGCGCAGGCGGGCGCCCGGCGUCGCCUACGCCACCGCCGCCACCGAGAAGAGCAUCUACGACUACACCGUUAAGGUGGCCUGUUUCUUCUGUUCUGUUGAGAUUGAGAUUUCCGCUCGCCAUGGCCACUUGAAUUUUUUUACCAUAGCCUGCUGCGCUGGCCCCAAUGGAUGGCGUUGCGCUGUGACGUGCUGA